ACAUUAAUGACGUCAUAAUCACCCAUGUGAGGAAAUUUGUCUAAUUUAGCCAGAUUCCCCACCUCUGACCCCGAAACCCUAAAUCCCAAAUCACAGAAUCGAAUCCAGCGCCCGCGCCACUGAAUCCCUCACCCCAUCGUUCGGCAUGGCGAUCGCUCGCACCGGCGUGUACGUGGAUGACUACUUGGAGUAUUCGAGCACCCUAGCAGGCGACCUACAGAGGAUUCUCUCCACCAUGCACGAGCUCGACGAGAGGGCCGAUGGCAAUUUGGGUCAGACAAAAAGGCAGAUUAAGUACCUCCUGAGGCCGAACAUGGUGGAUGAUGAUGACGCUGCCUCGGAUAGGGUGAAGAAGGAUAUUGAAAAUAGUCAGGACAAUGCGCUGAGUCUCUGCACCGAGAAAGUUUUGCUCGCACGCCAAGCUUAUGACCUGAUAGAAAGCCAUGUCAAGCGUCUUGAUGAAGACCUAGGCCAAUUUGCUGAAGAUUUAAAGCAAGAAGGAAAAAUACCUCCAGAUGAACCGCAUAUCCUUCCUCCAAUGCCAAUGGGUGGCAGAGAAGAAAAACGGAGGCAUGUUUUCAGUACUCCCCAAGCAAAGAAGUUCAGAGAGAGGGAAUGGGAGAGGGAAAGGGGUAUGGACUUCGACUUAAUGCCCCCUCCAGGCAGCAGCAAGAAAGCAGCUGCAUCUAUGGAUGUGGAGCAAAUGAUUGAUCCAAAUGAACCGACAUACUGUAUAUGCCACCAGGUUUCAUAUGGUGAUAUGAUUGCUUGUGACAAUGAGAAUUGUGAAGGAGGCGAAUGGUUCCACUACUCAUGUGUUGGUCUGACACCCGAAACGAGAUUCAAAGGGAAAUGGUUUUGCCCAACUUGCAGGAAUCUUCAAUGAGAGGUUCUCCUAAAUUGUGUUGAAGAGGCAAAUGGUUCCACCAGUUGGCCUAGAUGUUCGCCAACAUGCAGGGCUCUUCAACAUGAUGUUCUCAGAAGUUUGCAGCAUAGUAUUACCGAAUGAUUACAUCUUUCCGAUUUGAAAGGAGGCGUUACGAGUGACUUGCACACAUUGUGGCUACUUCCUUCAUCUGAAAUUACUCAUCAGGUGUGACUUAUUUUGGUAAUGUAUAUGCUGGAGAGAAGGGUACUGUCUGGAGAGGAUGCAAACGCUUGUAGUUAUGACAUGUUCUGUUGUUGUAUCUUGUCGCUGUAAACAACGUCACAGUUUCGGAUGUUGUAACCUGGUAUCCAAUUACUUUUAUCGUGAUGGCUACCAAGCGUUGCCGCAAUCUUUCUGCUA